GCAUUAAGAUUGAACACCUUAACCUCUGAGGUUUGUCUCUCGGCUUACGCCUGUCCACCUUCCCUGUCCACAUGCCCUAGCAAAAUCCAAGCCAACUUGAUGGUAAUAGCUCUCACUGUUGCCCCUAGUGGCAGGUUUUGAAGACAUCUCCCGACGACCUCCCGACUUUCACACUGUGGACACUAUCCUGCUGCUUUUCCACCAUUGUCCACUGUAGCCUGCUUCAUUACUCAAACACAGGGCGAGACGAGGUUAAACUCUCUCGGGUCUGUACAACCUCCGGUGUACACAUGAUGCUGGGUAUCUUGUUUCUUCACAAGUAAGACUUUGUAGUGCCUGUAGCCUUUUUUGAAAAGAUUACAACCAUGCCAGAACAAUCCCACUGAGUCUGUGAAAACUGUGAAUCUAAUGAUCAUGGUGGAGAGAGGAGCCUCUGACAAACCAAUCAGUUGAUAACAAGCCUACAGAGGCAAUCAAUUUCACAUCCACUUUAUCAAAACAUGUAAAUUGUCUCCUUUAUAAAAAUAGGGCCAUUAAAAACAACAGGUGUGUGAUUCCUUGAUUGAAACUAGAAAGUCCCAUUAUGAUAAACUGGAUCCGUUUUUCAAGAGAGACCAAGUCAGGAAGGCAGCUUAAGAGCAAAUCAAUGGAUAACCCCCCCUAGUCUGGUUGAUGAUCACCUAGCACGCAGGAUGUGACAGCACAGUUCAAAGGUUACCGAAGAGAAAGGAGGUGCACAGAUCUACACACCGAUCGCAAAGAGAAGGAAACAUAGAGAGAGAGAGAGAGAGAGAGAGAGAGAGAGAGACGCAAGAAGGGGGAGAGAAGGAGAGAGAAUUCAGGGGAAGACAAGGACAUCAUGGUUUCAAUCACGGAGACUCAGAAGAUUGGUGUUGGUCUCACAGGCUUUGGCCUCUUCUUCCUGCUCUUUGGCGUGCUGCUGUACUUUGACUCUGUCUUGCUGGCGUUUGGGAAUGUUCUGUUUCUGACUGGUCUGACCUUCAUCAUUGGCCUGAGGAGGUCGGCCGGUUUCUUCUUCCAGAGACAGAAGCUCAGAGGCUCCACCUUCUUCCUGGGGGGCGUGGCCUUGGUGCUGUUCCGCUGGCCAAUCAUCGGUAUGGCCGUGGAGAGCUAUGGCUUCGUGCUCCUGUUCAGGUCAUUCUUCCCUGUGGCGUGUGGAUUCAUUUUAUCGUUGGUGAAUAUACCCUAUCUCAAUGUGUUGUACAACAGCUUCCUAGGAAGUAGCCCUUCUAUUGUCUGAGGAAAGGGAGAGAGAGAAGCCAAAAAAGAAGAGAGGAGGAAUGGAAGUGAUGGAUGACAAAAGGAGAAGUGUAUUUGGGCUCAGACUGGCUAUAACCUUUGACAGAGACUGAUGGAACGGGGAGGGGGCUAAGAGCCUUCCCCCAUCAACAACCAUGAACCAACCAAUGGACUCUUCUUCUUGAAAUGUUUACAUAAACAUGAACCACCACAUGAUGUGUGGCAAUGACUAGCUGCCACACCCCUAAUGUACAUGGUUGGGAGUAACCGAUUACAUGUAAUCAAUGGCGUAAUCAUUUACAAGAAACUGUAACUGCAAUCAGUUACGUUACAAGCAGAAAUAUUGUAAUCAGAUUACAGAUACUUUUGAUAAACUAGGUGAUUAGGUCUUGGAUUACUUUUACAUUUAGAAAGGAUGUUUGCAGAAAAAAAGACAUUAUGACACCUUUCUGUUUUCUCAAUUCAGCAUUGACGAAAAGGCAUGUUUAAGUUUCUUCAGCCUGAGAGUCUGACCACAAGUCAGAGACCACUAUGAUGCGUUUGAUGGAUCCUUUUUGUCUUCCUCUAAUGCCUCUUUAGAGAAAAGCAUUCAAAAAGCAACCUAAAGUUAUCAGAUUAUUACUUAGUUUGGGUAAUCAUUUAGAAAGUAACCUACCCAACCCUGCUAUGUAUUUAUAAUAAAAACAUAUUUUUGAUCUACA